CCAUUCUAUAUCUAUUUAUUCAGCUUGAGCGAGCGUGUUUAAAAUCCUAAAACAUAAAUCAGCUUAUUUCAUUUCGUGAGGACCAAGGAGCAGCAGAUUAUAUCAAAGGCAAUCGCAUUGACAAGAUACUUUUUAGAGAGUAAUCGGCAUCUAUAUAUACCAUAUAUACAUACAUAAAUAUUUAGCUACAAAUUGCAACAACGAAUGAUCAUUACGAGCAGGUAUUGGACAUGUAUCCAACGAACUUCUACAAAAUGAAGAACUUCGCCAAUCCCAAGACAAUGUUCAAGUCGUGCUCCAACAAUGAUGAGUUCUCCACAGAGCCUGUGGGCAGCAGCUGCACUAAGGUCUCCGCUUCCAAGACUUCCAAUGCCAAAAAUUCGGCCGGAGGUCAAGGCAAGCAGGGCAAAGGCAAACAAGGCGGUAACCCGUCCAAGGGUGGCAAGAACAAAAACAACAAAGCUGGCAACAACACUGUCACAGCCAAAGUCGCUGCCACAACCACUGCAGCUGGCGCUGCGACUGCUCCCGGUGUUGGUGGCACCAAAGCCAACCUGGAUGCUGGUGCUGUUGCAAUUCCAAUCAGCUCAGUCCCUGGCUCGACACGUUCGCUGUCGUGCGACUCGAACACGGACUCCGUGGCCACUGUACCGCCGAGCGAUGGCACCGUUUCUGGGAAUGUCAGCUCCAAUGAGAAUGACAGCGAAACAGCUGGGAGUGCAAAUCUGUCGUCGGGCAGUGAAAACAAGUCGGUGGAGUCAGCGCCCCAUCAUCCGCUGACCAACACUUGGACCUUGUGGUAUCUGGAGAAUGAUCGCAGCAAGACCUGGGAGGACAUGCUGCACGAGGUGACCAGCUUUAAUACUGUUGAAAACUUUUGGAGUCUCAUCAACCACAUUAAGCCGCCGUCUGAGAUCAGGCUGGGCAGCGACUAUUGUAUGUUCAAGAAGGGCAUACGCCCCAUGUGGGAGGAUGCGGCCAAUAAGCAGGGCGGCCGUUGGGUCAUCAAUCUGAGCAAGAACACGAAGAGCGACCUUGACAACUUCUGGCUGGACACCAUGUUGUGUCUGAUUGGCGAGUGCUGCGACUACUCUGAUCAGCUCUGCGGCGCCGUCGUCAAUAUACGUGGCAAGAGCAACAAGAUCUCUGUCUGGACAGCCGAUGGUAGUAACGAGGUGGCCGCCUUGGAAAUCGGACGCAAGUUGCGCGAGUGUCUGCGCAUGGAGGGUGUCUAUGUGUUACAAUAUCAGCUCCAUAUGGACACUAUGAUAAAGCAAGGAUCGACAGUCAAGUCUGUCUAUACCAUGUAGAGUAUUCGAAAUCUACAAUCGUCAUCUCAUACAGCAAUCCAAUUAAUAAUAUGCGUACAGCACACGGAUUGUUUCCUAAUGAUCCCAAUUCAAAUUUUUGGUAUAUCAAAUGCAGUAUCGUUUCAAAUUAUCUGUUUUCCAACAUUCUAUCAUACAAAAUAAUGUGUUCCGAGUUCUAUAAAAUUUGAAAAUUUAUCUCUGGUUAGAA